AUGCCGGGAGCUCUCAGAAACAUGCCCAACCCUAAUAACCAGAAGACUCGCAACAUCGAUGUAGUCUUUGUUCAUGACUCCACCGGAAGCCAGCAACCCUACCUCAACGCUGCGACCCAAGAAUCUCGCAACUACGUCCAGGCAUUUGCGGACGAGCUUUCCCGAAAGGGCGCUCCCGGAACUGCUCGCUACCGCGUCAUCGCUUUCCGGGACCAUCGCGAGCAGGGAGAUCUGUGGACCGUCAACGCCUCAAACGAUUUUACGGACAAGCCAGAACAGUUGCGGCAACAGUUCAGCAGUCUUGUUGCGGAAGGAGGCGGAGAUGGGCCUGAAGCUCAGCUUGAUGCUCUCGAUGCAGCUCUGACUUCCCCUUGGAGACUGAAUGCAAGACGAGUGGUGUUUCUCAUCACCGAUUCACCCCCGCACGGUGUUGAACCUGGCGACGAACCCCCAGCCAGUCAUCCGAGUUACUUGACAACUAAAUACCUCGUCGACAACUUCAAGAAACAAAAGAUCAAACUUUUCGUGAUCGGCUGCAUUCCUACCAUUAACAAAUAUAGAAACGCAGUAUCCUACUACGAGAAACUGGUGAAGGACAUCAACGCAGGAGGCAUUUACCGAACCCUCUCCCGUCCCACAACCGACACUACACCUUUGCGCAAACUUGUCGUUGGCUCCACGCUCUAUGCCUCUGACGUGUUCCAUAUUGAGGACCGAUGGGAGGACUGGAUCGCUGACCAUGCUGAUCACGGUCACGACACGAUUGCACACGCAAUGCAUACCAAGUUGACCACGGAGGGCGAGACAUGUCAUGAGGUCGACCACGGCGAUCAUGGAAUCGAUUACCACAAGGCGCCGAUUACCCGCGCUCGUGUUGACGACAUUGUUGGUCGGACUCUGGAAGCUCGGGCUGCUCGCAAGGCUGACCCCAUUAUGUCUUCUAUCUUUGGCGAUGAUGAUGACGAUAGCUGA